UGAGUGCCGCGCUGCGCGGGUGCACGGUCCCGGCCCGGUACCGGAGCGCGGGGCCCGGACAUGGCGGCGGGCGGAGGCUGGCGCUGAGCGGACGCGGCCAUGGAGGGCGGCGGGAAGCCGGGGCUGCAGGUCGUGUACCAGGCCGUGCAGGCGCUCUACCACGACCCCGACCCCAGCGGCAAGGAGCGGGCGAGCUGCUGGCUGGGAGAGCUCCAGCGAUCGGUCCACGCUUGGGAGAUCUCUGACCAGCUGCUGCAGAUCCAUCAGGAUGUGGAAUCCUGCUACUUUGCGGCACAGACCAUGAAGAUGAAGAUCCAAACUUCCUUCUAUGAACUCCCCACGGAUUCCCACGCUUCCCUACGGGACUCAUUGCUGUCCCACAUCCAGAACUUGAAAGACCUGUCACCGGUCAUCGUAACCCAGCUUGCUUUAGCAAUAGCAGACCUUGCCCUGCAGAUGGCUUCUUGGAAAGGCUGCGUACAAACACUGGUGGAAAAGUACAGCAAUGAUGUCACAUCACUCCCCUUCCUGCUGGAGAUCCUCACGGUGCUGCCGGAGGAGGUGCACAGCCGGUCCCUGCGCAUCGGAGCCAACCGCCGCACCGAGAUCAUAGAGGAUCUGGCCUAUUACUCCAGCACGGUCGUCUCUCUGCUGAUGACAUGUGUGGAGAAAGCAGGCAAUGACGAGAAGAUGCUCAUCAAGAUCUUCCGGUGCCUGGGGAGCUGGUUCAACCUGGGCGUCCUGGACAGCACCUUCAUGGCAAACAGCAAGUUGCUGUCACUCCUGUUCGAGGUGCUGCAACAAGACAAGACAUCAUCAAACCUCCAUGAAGCUGCUUCGGACUGUGUGUGCUCAGCCCUCUAUGCCAUCGAGAACGUGGAGACCAACCUGCCCCUGGCCCUGCAGCUCUUCCAGGGGGUCCUCACCCUGGAGAGUGCCUAUCACAUGGCUGUAGCACGGGAGGACCUGGACAAGGUGCUCAACUACUGCCGUGUGUUCACCGAGCUCUGCGAGACCUUCCUGGAUAAGAUAGUGUGCACCCCAGGCCAAGGGCUGGGAGACCUGAGGACGCUGGAGCUGCUGCUCAUCUGUGCGGGACACCCGCAGUACGAGGUGGUAGAAAUUUCCUUUAACUUCUGGUACAGACUUGGGGAGCACCUCUACAAGACGGAUGAUGCCAUCAUCCACAGCAUCUUCAAAGCCUACAUCCAGCGCCUUCUCCAUGCCCUGGCCAGACACUGCCAGCUUGACUCAGACCACGAAGGUGUCCCAGAGGAGACAGAUGACUUUGGGGAGUUCCGGAUGCGGGUCUCGGACCUGGUCAAAGACCUCAUCUUCUUGGUGGGCUCAGUGGAGUGCUUUGCUCAGCUCUAUGCCACGCUGAAGGAUGGGAACCCCCCCUGGGAGGUGACGGAAGCUGUCCUCUUCAUCAUGGCCUCCAUAGCCAAGAGCGUUGACCAGGAGAACAACCCGACGCUGGUGGAGGUGCUGGAGGGAGUGGUUCGCCUCCCUGAGACAGUGCACACGGCCGUGCGCUACACCAGCAUCGAGCUGGUGGGCGAGAUGAGCGAGGUGGUGGACAGAAACCCUCAGUUCCUGGAUCCCGUGCUGGGGUACCUGAUGAAGGGGCUGUGUGACAGGAGGUUGGCUUCAGCGGCGGCCAAGGCCAUCCACAACAUCUGCUCCGUGUGCCGGGACCACAUGGCUCAGCACUUCAAUGGGCUGCUGGAGAUCGCCCGGUCCCUCGACUCCUUCACGCUCUCCCCAGAGGCUGCUGUGGGGCUCCUCAAGGGGACAGCCUUGGUCCUGGCCAGGCUCCCCUUGGAGAAGAUAGCAGAAUGCCUCAGUGAACUCUGUGCCGUGCAAGUGAUGGCGCUCAGGAAGCUGCUCUCUCAGGAGCCAAGCAAUGGCCUCUCCUCAGACCCUACUGUGCCCCUGGAUCGACUCGCUGUCAUAUUUAGACACACCAACCCCAUUGUAGAAAAUGGACAGAUCCAUCCGUGCCAAAAAGUCAUUCAGGAAAUCUGGCCCGUGCUGUCGGAGACCCUGAACAAGCACAGUGCCGAUAACCGCAUCGUGGAGCGGUGCUGCCGCUGCCUGCGCUUUGCCGUGCGCUGCGUGGGCAAAGGCUCUGCUGCCCUGCUGCAGCCCCUCGUCACCCAGAUGGUGAAUGUCUACAGGGCCCACCAGCACUCCUGUUUCCUCUACCUGGGCAGCAUCUUGGUGGACGAGUACGGCAUGGAGGAAGGCUGCAGGCAGGGGCUGCUCGACAUGCUGCAGGCUCUGUGCAUCCCUACCUUCCAACUCCUAGAGCAACCCAACGGCCUUCAGAACCACCCCGACACCGUGGAUGACCUCUUUCGACUAGCAGCCAGGUUUAUCCAGCGCAGCCCUGUCACCUUGCUACGGAGCCAAGUGAUGAUCCCCAUCCUGCAAUGGGCCAUUGCUGCCACCACCUUGGAUCACCGGGAUGCCAACUGCAGCGUUAUGAAGUUCCUACGGGAUCUCAUCCACACCGGGGUGGCCAAUGAUCAUGAGGAAGACUUUGAAGUGCGAAAGGAGCUCAUCAACCAGGUGAUGAACCAACUGGGCCAGCAGCUUGUCAACCAGCUCCUGCACACGUGCUGCUUCUGCCUCCCACCCUAUACCCUGCCUGACGUCGCCGAGGUGCUCUGGGAGAUCAUGCAGAUCGACCGGCCGACCUUCUGUCGCUGGCUGGAGAACUCACUGAAGGGUCUACCAAAGGAAACGACGGGAGGAGCCAUCCAGGUUACACACAAACAGCUCACGGACUUCCACAAGCAGGUCACGAGCGGUGAGGAAUGUAGACAAGUGUGUUGGGCUCUGAGGGACUUCACCCGCCUGUUCCGAUAGCUCCGGCAUGGCGCCUGUCUCCCAGGAAUGUCUUCGAAUUCAAAGACAGGAAACAAAGAAAACCCCAAGAAUGUGUCCCACCAUCAGCAAAGUUCAUCGUGGCCACGGGGCUCUUCCACUGCCUGUAGCUGGCGGGAGGACAGCGCGAGUAUCCCGGCGGAUUCACUUCCUGAAGGUCGGCUCCCGAAACGAGAAACCAAACAAUAGGGAGGGGAGAAGAAAACCCAACCAACCAACCACUCAACCACAGUUCAACCCAACCCAGUCAACCGCUCAACCAA